AUGGAAGGCCAGGCAGACGGAAACAUGGACGAGGGCCAGCCCCUGUGUGUCGCAGAGUCGCAGGAAGGCUAUGGGACUGGCCCAGAGAUCGCAAACUCCAGCUCCGACUUCGAAGUCCUGUGCGGUCCUCUCCUGAACUACCAACGUAUGAGUGAUGAAGGCUCCUCGAAUAUCUUCUGGCACGGCUCCGUCCUCCUCGUCACAAAGCCCAAUAUCAAUACUCCCAACUUAGAACUCAAGACCCUUGGGGCAUUGGAAUCCGGCGCAAAGUUCAAGUCUUCGCCGUCGCAGUUGGUGCAAGGAUUGAAGCUCUACUCAGACCCAGACAAGACAUUUUGGCGGUUCACACUCCGAGUACCUCUGGUGGAGGCAGAAGCAAAAUGGCAGUACUCGAUUCCGAACAUGCAUUUCCUCACCGAUGUCAAGAAGGAGCCGAUGCGGCAAUUUGUAGUGCCCUCUACCACACAAUCAAUGCGCAUCAUGUUCCACUCCUGCAAUGGGUUUUCGGUCGGAACGGACGAAGAUUUCUGGUCAGGACCUGCACUGUGGAAUGACGUCCUGCGCACUCACGAACAACGCCCAUUUCAUGUCAUGAUCGGUGGGGGCGAUCAGAUUUAUAACGAUUCGGUUCGUGUCAAGGGACCACUGAAGGAGUGGACGUCCAUUGCCAAUCCCAAAAAGAGACGAGAAUAUCCGUUCGACGAGGAUCUGCGAGAUCGAUGCGACAAGUAUUACUUUGAGAACUAUAUACGAUGGUACUCUACGGAGCCUUUCGCCUCGGCCAAUUCUCAGAUUCCCCAGAUCAAUAUCUGGGACGACCACGACAUCAUUGACGGGUUUGGUUCCUAUACCGACCAUUUCAUGAGAUGUGCAGUGUUCCGUGGCCUUGGAGGUGUCAGCUUCAAGUACUAUUGCUUGUUUCAGCAUCACACUGCACCACCAGUUUCGACAUUCACCACGGAUGCGCCAAAGACCAUGGGUGCUGAUGCCAAUGGCACGGCAGGGGCUGAUCCGCGUCAACUGAAAAACACGUACGUGUAUAAGAGGACGGCAGACGACCCCAGCUGGAUUGUUGGCAAACGCCCCGGCCCGUACGUUGAGGAACGGUCGAGAAACCUCUACAUGCGCCUGGGUCGCCAUAUCGCAUUCUGCGGGAUUGACGCGAGAACGGAACGAACGAGAAAACAAGUCAAUUACCCAGACACGUACGACCUGAUCUUUGAAAGACUGGAGAAGGAGUUCACGGCGGCACGAGGAGAAAUCAAGCACUUGAUUCUCCUCCUUGGCGUGCCCAUCGCAUAUCCCCGACUGGCAUGGCUGGAAAACAUCCUGACGUCGCCCUUGAUAGCCCCCAUUCGCUUGCUGAACAAGAGAUUCGGCUUCGCUGGCGGGUUUUUCAACUCAUUCGACGGGGCUGUUGAUCUCCUGGACGACCUGGACGACCACUAUACAGCACGCCACCACAAGACCGAACGGCGUGAGCUGGUCCUUCGACUACAGAAACUCUCCACCGAUUUCUCCGUUCGCGUCACCAUCCUGGGGGGAGACGUGCACCUUGCGGCAUUGGGUCGCUUCUACUCAAGUCCUGCAGAUAACAUGGAUCCACUGAACGAUCCACGAUACAUGGCGAACAUCAUCUCCAGCGCCAUUACCAAUAAACCUCCUCCCAAGGCCGUGGCAAACCUGCUAGCGCGGAGAAAUAGAAUCCACCAUCUGCGUGAUGGGAAUACCGACGAGACGCUCCUCAAGAUGUUCAACAAACAACCAGGGGGUGUGAUGAAAGGCGCGGACUGGAAUCAGUGUACGAUGCCAAGCAGAAAUUAUGCGUGUAUCACGGAGGUGGUCGACGAUGAGGACUCCCCGCCAGCAAAUGGCGUCGUCAACGGCUCUGUCAAUUCGCAAUCGUCAUCAACUGCAGUGAAUUCGACCGGCAAGACGGGCAAGUCUCGCCCUCACACAGGCAAGGGGGCGCGUGACGGACGCGGAUAUCUACACCCCGGUGAGGAGGGAGCGGGAACAACACAUAUAGCCGCAGACGGGAUUAGUUCAGAGGCUGUAGGCCCGUCGCUGAGGGGAGGUCUGAAUGUCGCCAUCAAGGUCGAGAUCAACAAUCGAGACCGGGAAGGGAAGACUGAGGGAUAUGGGAUGAGCAUUCCUAAGCUCACGAUGAGGACCACCCCUCAAACACCACAGACGCCACCGUGA